AUUAAAAAUAAAACCUUUAAGCAAAUGGGGACCUGGGAUUGCCCCGAGGUUUUACUAUUCUUCAUUGUACCCGUCUUCCGAUCCCCACCCCCGCUCCCAUUCCCCCCGCCCGGCCAGAACACCCGCGGGUUCGGCUGCAACGGUUCGGGAACCGCCGGCGUCCGCGUCGGCAGCGAUGCCAGCUGGGCCUGAGCCGCGUCGGACCAGCGCCUUCACUCCCGCCCUCGCCGGGGAACCAGGAAUGAUGCAACCGGAGAGAAGCACCCAGAGUUUCAGCACUAAAUAUAGGCAAAAUUCUUUUACUUACGAUGUUAAGCGAGAUGUGUACAAUGAGGAGACCUUUCAACAGGAACACAGAAGGAAGGCCGUUUCCUCUGGGAACAUGGACAUCAACAUCACCAUCUUCAGCCAUCACAUCCAGUGCCGAUGUUCAUGGCACAGGUUCAUGAGAUGCAUACUUGUGGUCUUUCCCUUCCUAGAGUGGAUAUGUUUGUAUCGAUUCAAGGAUUGGCUUCUUGGAGACUUGCUUGCUGGUAUAAGUGUUAGCCUUGUUCAAGUUCCCCAAGGUUUCUUCUUCCUUGUGGGUGCUCUGAUGAUCAAUGUUCUGAAGGUGAGCCCAUUCAACAAUGGCGACCUGGUACUGGGAACUUUCGUCAAGGAUGACUUUUCUGACCCCUUGUUCUUUGUGGCCUAUAACAAAUCAUUGAGUGUGGUGGCGUCCACAACUUUUUUGGCUGGGAUUAUUCAGUUUGCAUCGCUGGUAGGUGCAGGUGUGAUGCUGCUACUGAUGGUGAAGGCAGGACGCGUUUUCUACGAACUGCCAAAUGCUCUGCUGGCUGGUAUUAUUCUGAGCAACGUUCUGCCCUACCUUGAAACCAUUUCCGCCCUUCCCAAUCUUUGGAAGCAGGACCAGUAUGAAUGUGUUAUUUGGCUAGUGACAUUCUCAUCUGCAAUUUUCCUGGGAUUGGAUGCUGGACUACUUGUUUCGAUAGCUUUUGCCUUCUUCAUCAUCACUGUUAGGUCACACAGAACCAAGAUUCUCCUCCUGGGUCAGAUCCCUAACACCAACAUUUAUAGACGCAUCAAUGACUAUCGGGAGGUUAUCACCAUUCCUGGGGUGAAAAUCUUCCAGUGCUGCAACUCCAUUACAUUUGUUAAUGUAUACCGCCUAAAGCACAAGCUGUUAAAAGAGGUUUCUCUGAAAAAUGUGAAGCUUAAAGAAGAAGAAAUUUUCAGCCUGUUUAAUCAAACUACCGAUACCAACACACAGGACAAGAUUUGUCGGUGUUACUGCAACUGUGAUGAACCUGAGCCACCACCCAGGGUUGUUUACACAGAACGAUUUGAAAAUAAAAUGGAUCACGACUCAUCCUCCAUUAACCUGAUCCGCUGCUCACGCUUUGAGAGCACGAGCACUAGCCAGAGUAUGUCCGAUGAGCAGGUGCCAUACACAGUAUCUUCCACAUCCCAGAGGAACCAAGGCCCCAACCAGGAGGAGGUGGAGAAAGUCUGGCUUCCUAAUAACCCCUCAAGAAACAACUCACUACCACCACUGCCUGAAGCUACUGAAAGUCAGGGAAGGAGUAGAUCAUUCUUCCCUUAUUCAGACGUGUCUCUUUUACCCAGCACCCACACCAUCAUCCUUGAUUUCGCCAUGGUACAUUUUGUGGAUCCACGGGCUUCAAUCACAUUAAGACAGAUGUGCAAUGCUUUCCAAAACGCCAACAUUUUGGUGCUCAUUGCAGGGUGUCACUCUUCUGUGGUCAGGGCAUUAGAGAGGAAUGAUUUCUUUGACGCUGGCAUCACCAAGGCCCAGCUGUUCCUCACCCUCCAUGAUGCCGUGCUGUUUGCCUUGUCAAGGAAGUUUCCAGAGCCCUCCGAAUUAAGCAUGGACGAGUCUGAGACAGUAUUACAGGAAACCUACUCACAAACAGACAAGAAAGAUGAAUCAAGGUAUAAAAUGAGUGUUAGUCAUCCAGAAAGUCAGAAAAGUGCUACUUCAGGCUUCAACAGACUCCAGGAGUUGGCAGUAGAGGAGUCGCAGCUCGAUCUGGAGUUGGAACCCACACUUGAGUCAGAGCAAGAGACUGAGCUGGAUGUGGACCUAGACCUGAAUCCUGAACUGGAGCCUGAGUCAGAGCUGGAGCCCGAAACAGAAUUGGAGCCUGAAACAGAGCCCGAGCCUGAGCUGGAGCUAGAACCUGGGUCUGAGCCCAAACCUAGGCCCAGGUCUCAUACUCAUUCUCAGCAGUUCAGUUCUCUGUAUACAACUUAGAUUCCUGGCCCUCACUCUCAGGCUCACCCUCAGGCACGGUCAAUAGAAAGGAGGCAUCAACAUAUGGAUUUUUUUUCACCUAAGGGCAAUGACACUGAGAAUCCAUGGGAGAUGGACUAGAAAUAAGGGGGCAGAUUCCCUUGGCAAAUCCUCCCCACCCAGGCUGGGGUUGCUUGGUCAGGAGACCUUGCCUUGAUACAAAUCCUAGCAGUACUUGCCUCAUGACCUGCCUUCUUCCAUGCUCAGCACUUGGGAUCACACUCCCAGAUCACAUAAAUAACACCAAGAAUUAUCUCUGAAUUCCAAUCCAGCCUCUCCUCAUUUCACCUUCGGCAGAUAUUCUAGUGAAGGUUUUCCUCGUUCAUACACCCCACACCUAUGGGGUUUUUGCUAGACCACCUCUAACUUAAUCCUUUCAUCUCUGUAUCCCUUUCUCCAAAGAGACGAGGUUCAAAUAAAAUAUAUAACUCUAGUUACAUAUGGGGAGAUUCUGGAUCCUUCCUGCACCUUGUACCUUCUCCCUUCUCUUGUAUUCUG